CUUCUAACAUGGAGUGAUAAUGAGGAUGAAUCAGCUUCUGAUGUUUCAAGUGAUGAGAUGGUUAACUUGGCUCUUAUUGGUCUCGAUGGCUCAAUAGAUACAACUGAUUCAGAUUCAGAGACUAAUAGUGAUGUUUGUCUCGUGUCUAAAAUAAAGCCAAUUCAAUGGAUAUUGGAUAGUGGAUGCACUAGACACAUGAGUGGAGACAAAUCCUAGAUUCUAAGCUUGAAGAUGAAGAAGGGUGGUCGUGUCACAAUUGGUGAUAGCAAAACUCUUCCUAUUCUUGGCAAAGGAACUAUAUGUAAUAGUAUCAUUUCCAUUAACAAGGUACAAUAUGUUAAAGGUCUUACUUAUAACUUUCUUAGUAUAAGUCAGUUAUUUGAUGAUGGCCAUAUUGUCAAUUUUGGUAAGGAUGAUUGUACUAUACUUGUUGGUGCUAACAAAACUCCUCUAGUUGCAAAACGAGAAGGAAAUGUCUAUAUUUUGAACUUUGAAGAACAGGAGGCAGGUGUUUGUUUAGCAGCUGUGGAUAAUAAUCCAGAAAUUUGGCAUAGAAGGCUUGGACAUGCUCAUAAGGAUCAUCUCAGCAAGCUGUCAGCAAAGAAGCUUGUUUGAGGAUUACCAAAGCUCAAGUAUGUCAAGAUGGAGACAUGUUCAGCUUGUCAAUUGGGAAAGCAAACAAGAACUCCACAUAAUGCAAAGAAAAUGGGAUUGGAGAAGUAUGUCAUGACAAAGUUAUUUACCGGCGUAUAUGCUUCAGUUCCAGAAGAGGUAAAUGAAGACGACCUACUCCACGAGAAAGUAUCUCUAAUACAACAAUUCAUACGCCCUGAGAAUUUGGAUAUUCAGCCAAUUUAUCAAAAUGAAACCUCAUGGUUGCUUGCACAAAAUGAGUUGCAGAAUAUAAACAUGUACAAGGCUCCACGAGACAAACUUGCUGCAUCCUUAACUGUUGCAAGGUUAUCAAUAACUUGCUGCUCAAUGUAUCCAUUGCUUCAAAUGAGAAUCCUCUUGGUGCUGAUGAAUUUCUUCCUGCUCUUAUCUAUGUUACCAUAAAGGCCUGAUGUUCUUGAUUCAGCAUUGCUAAGGCCUGGAAGGUUCGAUAAAGAGGUUACAGUGGACAGGCCUCAUAUUGCUGGUAGAAUCAAGAUCCUCCAGAUGGUGUGAUGUCAAAUUGGGAGCUUUUGACAAUGCCAAGCACAGAACAUAUGUGGAUUUAAAGGUCGUGAUUCCCGGAAUGGAGAGUACAUCGUCUAUUGAAACAUCGACCACUACCCACACUCCCGCACCAUAUUUUCUGCAAUAUCUUGCAAAAUAACACACGCGUUUGGGAAGCAAAGGAGUAGGAAUUUGAUAUUCCGUGGUCAUGUGAAUUAUGGCCUAAUAACUCACAAUAUUGGAGCACCUUCUUCAUUGUUUAUCAUCAAGAA